AUCACUGUUGAUGAGGGGAGUGGAACCUCAACCCAAAAUGUUAUUGUGAUAGAGGAUGCAGACGCAGAGGCUGCAAGUCCUGGAGGAUCGUCCCUGGUCAAGCAGGAGAGGACUGAAGAAGAGGAUCCACGACACAGCAUCGCGGAGGAGGAGGAGGGCCCAGAGGGGCUGCUAGUGAAGGAGGAGGGGUGUGAGGAGGGUCUGGGGAACACUGAGGGGAUCAUGGUCAUAGAUGACAACCAGACUACACCUCUUCCUGAACCCGCAGAGGAACAAGCUGAGCAGCACAGGACCACACACCGUCUCACUGAGUCAGUAGACAUGGAGGAUGGAAAGCCUGAUCUGCUGCUGGUCAAAGAGGAGAUGAUAGAGGACGGGCCAGAGAGCAUUGAUCUGCUGAGUGGACUAAAGAUGGGGGAGCAAAGUGCAUGGCUGGAGGCUAACAGGGGAGACUGGGUGGCCAUCUUGGAUUCCCAGACCCAGACGGGUGCAGUCAAUGGCCCGGGGGACGACAUCACUGAGCAGGCCAGGACCAGAGGCGACAUAGUGGAGGUCAGUGGAUGGGACAGCGUCUUCAACUCUGGGCUGCGGAAGAACAAUGUUAACAAGAAACAGACUGUCGAACACAAAACAACAGCUGAACUUAGUCUCCAUGACAACAGACUGGCUGAGACCAGGACGAGGCGUAGAUUUGGUCUGCGUGGACGGGGAGGUUUCGGUAUGCGGCUGGAGAGAGAAGAGACUGACUCGACUAGCGAUGCUCCGUCCUGCUCCUAUAGUUGUGAGUCAGAGAGAUUGAUGGCACCUCAGGUUAACCCCCUAACAGGUGCUGCCUUCAGCCUGCCUUCUAUAGGAUCUAUCAACUGGAACAUGGACCCUGCGACAACACAGACACUCCCUGGCCUUCAUCCUCCUCACACUCUCCUUAUGUUAAAUCAGACCUCAGACAAUGCCCGUGCCUCAACACUAAAGGGCUACACAAGCCCAUUGACAAAUGAUAGUAGUAGAGAUGGAAUCAGUAAAGGUGGCGGCGCCAAAGAGAAGCGCUUCCCGUGUUCGUUCUGUGGGAAAGCCUUCCGUUUGCCCAAACAGGUGGAGAUCCACCAGAGGAUGCACACAGGGGAGAAACCAUUCGGCUGCCACCUGUGCCGGGCCAGUUUUUCAGACUCGUCCAACUUGAAGAGGCACCAGAGGGUGCACACAGGGGAGAAACCCUACAGCUGCCCCCAGUGUGAGAAGAGGUUCUCCCGCCAGCACCAUAUGAAGAUGCACCUGAAAGUCCACACGGGAGAGAGACCUUUCGCCUGUACACACUGUGGGAAGAGGUUCUCAGAGAGGAGCUAUCUCAGGAUACACCAGCAGAAAAUGCACACGGCCCAUGUAUAGUGUAAUGUAGUAUAUUUAAUGUAAUAUUAGUCAGUUUGUAGUUAAUUCUGUUGGUUUUGGAUGUAGUAGGGAACUGGAUGAGAACUGAAGAAAUAAUGAGUGAGGAGAUCAGGGACAGAGAAGAUCAGGGGUUAUCAACAGGAUGGGCGGCCCCCUAAUCCUGCCUAAUGAGUGGGCAGGCCAUGCCUAUAGCAUAUCAUAAUUGCAUCAAUGAUUUAUAUAUCAAUGGUCAUAACAAACUCUGAACACCGUUACAUCAAAAUGGAUGUAUAGGACAUGACAAAUAAACUCAAAAGGUGGGAAUAUUUACAGGUUGCUCAGGAGGUAAAGGGAGAGUGGAAUAAAUGUGACUAGUUAUGGAAAAUACUGGAGAUCAAAAAGGAGGUAAGGAGCCAGCACUGCUUGUAUAUUAUGUGUAAUAAAGUAUAAGCAUACUAGAGA